CUGACCUCAAGUCCCUAUCUCCUUUAUCUCUUAGGUAGAACCUGUUGAUAUCAGUAUUUUUUGUGGAGAUUUUCAAUUGAUGUUCACAUGCUAGUGGCAUGUGAAAGCACCCAUUACACUGUUGGAGUGGUUGGCAUUAGGAAGGGCAUCCAGAUGUAGAAAUCAGACUGGAACCUAGUGCAGCCUUCCAGCAGUUUGUAAAUACAUUUAAACAGAAGAAAGUAAAGAAAUACUCCCGUCUACAAACAUUUAGAAAAGUCUAAUCAACACUGAUUGUUUACAAAAGAUUUCAAGAAUAAAAGGAAAGUUACCAUUUGUCAAGAAUAUCCAAUUCGUUCCAUCUACUGCCAUGCUGGUUCUUUCUUAUUGGAGUAUUUUAUUCCUUGUUUUACCUCAUUUCCUUUAUACCCAGGCCAGAAAAUGGGAAGUGCAAAUUUGUCUCACUGAGGAAUACCAUCAUCACAUUCUUGUUACUUUGAACUGGGAUAAUGGUAAAAACAUAACAUGUGCAAACGAGGAGAACUGCUUCAAAACUGAAAUUGAGUUGGAUAACAAAUCAACACCACAAGUUAUUGGUGUUAAACCGUCUAUGGAGCUCAAGGCAAUUGUCCGAAAUCGUGAUCUUCAUGAAGUGCAUGGUGCUCUGUGCCAAACACCAUGUAAUGCAGCUGAAUUGAAAUUAACAAGUUGGACAUCCUGGGGCAUUGAAAUUAAACGUAAUAAGGAGUAUGGCGACUAUGAGUUUUCUUUAGGGUUAGAACCUUAUGUUAAAGCGAAUGUAGUAUUUAAACCACAUUCUAAAGAAACAAAUAUAUCAUUCUUUCUUCCUACGGAAGCGAAUACACCAUCAAAAAUGAGCUUAUUGACAAGAGGAAAAUUUCAUCUGGACAUACGGGUUUUUUAG